AUGCCCAAGGCCGCGUGGAGAUCAAAUACCUGUAUCACCUGUCGGAAAAGGAAGGUUCGGUGUGACCAGAAGAGACCUGGUUGCGACCGAUGCUAUAGUUUUGGAGUUGCUUGCGGGGGAUACGGUACCAGCAAUCAACUUAGCCACCCUUCUACGCAGCGGGGCUCGAAUCAAGAGGCAGAACGAAAGCUGGAUCGGGUGGUGGCCAUCACUGUGAAAUGUAAUGGAAAACAAUAUUGUCUUCAGCUUCUUGCAAAGUUCAUGAGUCUCUAUAUGCCGAGUGACUCGAUCCAGGCCCGCGAGACGCAAAGGACAGUUUGUCUGUGGUACAAGUACUUUCCUGACUCGCUCGGUCGAUCGAUUGUGUAUGAUGAAGCACUUAUGGCCUUGAGCUUCCUAUACAUUGGUCAAACCGACAAGAAUGUUGAGUUUAUCAUCAAGAGCCAAUGGUUGUACAGUUCUGUGUCGGAAAAGAUCGCCAAUGUGACCGUCGCCAAAGGACUCAGCCUCGACGACCUGAUUGGAAUCGAGAUGACCAUGACUUUAUACGAGCUGUACAACCCAUCAUGGAUUCAUGGCUGGACCCACCACGUCCUCCUCGGCUGUGAACUACUCAAGCGACGCGGCCCUCCUCAUCCCGGCGAGCCAUUUGAUCGCAAUCUCUACCGGCGGGUGCGGAAUUUCACACUCUAUCACACUCUCUGUGGCCGGCACUUCACCUUUCUCGCACAGCCGAGGUGGUUAGCCGUGUCACAAAUGGACGACAGCUACGACACACUGCUUGACAUCUUGCUACAGAUACCGUCGUUAUUUGAGACUAUGGAGUCAUACAGCUCCACCUUUGGACGCAGUCAAAUUCCGGAGAUAUUCUUGCGACGGUCCCUUGAAGAAUUUUCCCGUCUUGAGAUGGAACUGCUGGUGUGGUUCUGGGACCUCCAAUGCAACGAAACAGAAAUGCUGUUUUACCUAGAUCAAUCGAGACCCGAGCAUGCACUUUCGGUUCCGCCAGACACUUCACUUAUUGCCCGCUUUGCCCGUCAGCAGCACUACGAGCUGCUCGUUUUAUUUUGGUUGGGCGCGGUCUCUCUGUAUAUGUUCGGUGGCGAGAUUGCGUGGCCAGAAUGCAUUGAGCGCUCGAACGAGCAUCAACACACGGUCUCUUUAGAAGAUCUUCCACACCCCAAUCCAGAUUCGGGUCUGGUGGAGUGCUGGAUCAACAAAGGCGGAAUCCGUACUUCCGCCGAGAGCGUCUAUCUGGCCACCCACUUUGCGAAUCGAAUCUGCCAAUCCAUUGCGUUCUGUAUGGAACCCGACUUCACCGUUCCUGGAAUCCAGCUUAAUAUGCCCCCCACGUGGGCAGCACUGCAGCUGUUUCGUGAUUCCGCGCCCGAAAGGCUGAAUGGUGUAGGACGCAGCUGA